AUGGCCAACAGCUUACUUCUCAUGAUGGCUAUCAAUGUAGCAUCAGUGAGCUUCCUGUCGUGCGAGGUCCGAGAGUUUGACUUCACCAUCAAAGAGGUCAUGAAUUUUCUUGAGUGCAACAUUCGAGAGUUCGACUUCCAGAGACAAGAUCUUAAUGUGGUAACCAUUCUACCAUUGGGCGAGUCCAUUACAUCCACGGGGGUGUUGGAUUGUGCUAACAAAUGUUCACUACGGGUGAACGAAUGCUUCAACUUCAUCUACGAUAAAUCUAGCCACCAGUGCAUUCUGGCAUAUAUAGAUGUGGGCAGCAACCCAACUUUGGACCUGAAGAGCCCGAAUGUGUACAGGUCAUGUAAAGACGUCACGGACACAACACAGCCAAGACAACUGGUCAAGCUGACGUCAGGACUGGUGGUCAUGUGCGACACACAGACAGACGGCGGAGGGUGGACGAUUUUUCAACGCCGCGUUUCCGGAGCCGUCGAUUUUAACCGGAGCUGGGCGGAAUACAGAAAUGGGUUUGGGGACUACGGUGUGGGGGAUUUUUACCUGGGUAAUGAAAAUAUUUUCUGCAUUAAUUCCAAAGCCAGGCAUGAGCUACGGAUUGACAUGGAAUACAAAGGAAACAGCUACAACGCAAUUCACAGUUCUUUUGAUUUUUAUUCUGAAGCGGAUGCAUACAAACUUUCCGUGAACGGUUACGGUGGCAACACUUGGGACUCUCUGACAGUUCUCAACAAUAACCAAAAAUUCAGCACGUACGAUAGGGACAACGAUGAGAGCAACGAGGAAAACUGUGCACUAAAAUUCGUGAGCGGCUGGUGGUUCUCACAUUGUCACAGCGCGAACCUGAACGGCAUCUGGGGGAGCACGGGCUACGGCACGGGGCUUGUGUGGAUCUAUGUUACCGGACCGUUUGAUAGCGUCAGCUUCAGCGAGAUGAAGAUCAGACCGCUACCUUAA